AUGUUACAUCAACUCAAAAUACAUGUAGAAAACGAUACGCUUAUUAUGCGUGGAAGCCCUGAAGAGUCUGUUGGUUGUGUAUUGCGUGGUUGUGUUGUUCUUCAUGUAAAAGAAAGUAUGAAGGUCAAAUCAGUCAGUUUAAAUCUUGUAGGAAGAAUAAAGAUACAAUGGAAUGAACGCAAUCACCAGCACAAGAAAGAAUUCAACAUCUUAGAAAACGAUUGGCACUUUUUAUCACAUCAAAAGAAGCUCCAUACAUUAACACCAAACACCUACAAAUAUCCUUUUGAGUAUGUCUUUCCUGGAAACCUAGCAGAAACCAUCGAAUCUUAUUCGUACGGCUCUGUGUCGUACAAACUCAAAGCUGUUGUUGACCGACCUGCUUUUUCACCCAAUUUAAUUGACCGUCAAUCCCUUCGAGUUGCUCGUCAAUUCACCCCAUCUUACCACAUGUCCAAUAUUCCAAUGCAAAUAUCAAACGAAUGGACAGAUAAACUAGACUACAAGAUAUCUGUGCCCAAGAGAAUUUAUAGUCGAGGCGAACAAAUCUCUAUUGACGUCUCACUCUUCCCAAAACUCAACUCUGGACUCCAUGUGCGCUAUUUGUCGGUUUUCCUUAAAGAGUACACAACUUUCGUGUUAGGUGGUACAGCAAGCAUUCACCAUACAGAAUCACGAAUCAUUCGCUUCUUUAGAGAUGAAUCAUUCCCUUCCGAUGGGUUACACUGGCACAAGACCGAAAUCAUGACUGUACCACAUUCAUUUGAUUCGAUACAGUGUGAUACGCACAACCAAUUCUUCAAGAUAGAACAUAAGCUCAAGUUUACCAUGUCCUUAAUCAACAAAGAGGGCACUAUUUCAGAACUAAGAGCCACAAUGCCUAUUGAUAUUAUUAACCAAAAGAUUGAAGAUACAGAACAAGAAAAUGAAUUGCCUACAUACGAGAAUGCUUGGAGAUCUGCACUUUAUUCACCU